AUGAAAUUCGCCAACGCAGUUGCGCAGGCUGCGGUCCUUGCUCUGGGGCUUGGUCUUGCAGUGGAGGGUAGUCCUCACUCGAAUCCACACUCUAAGCCUGAACCUAAGUCGCGAGUUGAUCCUUACUCGCGAACCGAUGCGUGCAAGCCGCAUCACCCCUUCCGGCCUCUGCCUCCCAGCCACCCCAGAAAGAGGACUUGCCAUGUACCCUGCCACGGCGAUGGGCGCGACGAUGCUGAAAAUGUCCUGGCUGCAUUGAAGGAGUGCAACAAUGGCGGCAAAGUCGUAUUCGAUGCCGAUAAGGAGUAUACCAUUGGCACAGCUCUCGACAUGACCUUCCUGAAGCAUAUCGAUCUGGAAAUCCUGGGUACGGUGACGUUCACUAACGACACAGACUAUUGGCAAGCACACUCCUUCAAACACGUCUACCAGAAUGCCACGACAUUCUUCAAUUUGGGAGGCGAAGAUGUCAAUAUCUAUGGCGACGGUGAGCUAAAUGGCAACGGCCAGGUAUGGUAUGAUCUCUACGCUGAGAACAACCUGAUCCUGCGCCCGAUUCUCUUCGGUGUUAUUGGAUUACAUGGUGGUACCAUUGGGCCGCUCAAGCUCCGGUACUCGCCGCAGUGGUAUCACUUUGUUGCCAAUUCGUCGGAUGUCUUGUUCCAGGGUAUCGAUAUUAGUGGCUUUAGCACGAGCAAGAAUGUAGCUAAGAAUACUGAUGGAUGGAUUCUGUUAUCAACAACGGCGACGGCAAGUAAUUGCGUCUCCUUCAAGCCCAAUACCACCGAAGUCCUGGUCCAAAACCUCCACUGCAAUGGCUCCCAUGGCAUCUCCGUUGGUUCACUAGGCCAGUACAAGGGAGAGGUUGACAUUGUGAAGAAUGUACUUGUAUACAACAUCUCCAUGUUCAACGCCUCGGACGGCGCACGUAUCAAAGUAUGGCCCGGUGUGUCUUCUGCAAUGUCCGCAGACCUGCAGGGCGGCGGCGGUUUGGGAAGCGUGCAGAACAUCACCUACGACACGAUGACCAUCGAAAACGUUGACUGGGCUAUCGAAGUGACUCAGUGCUAUGGACAGAGUAAUAUGACUCUGUGCAAUGAGUAUCCGAGCAAUCUCACCAUCUCCGAUGUCCACUUCACAAACUUCAAGGGGGUGACGUCUGGCGCACGCAGCCCAGAUGUUGGAACUAUUGUCUGCUCCAGCCCUGAUGUGUGCUCGGAUAUUUACGCCAGCGAUAUUCACGUCACUAGUCCAACAGGGACCGACGAGUUCGUCUGUACAAAUGUUGAUGAUAGUUUGCUGGAGGUUAACUGUGUGGCUUCGAGCUGA